UACAUUUAAUGACUAUUUGUUUGUUAGUAGUGUUUGCAUAAUUAAAUAUGGAACAGUUAAAAUAUUUGGCCAUAGAGACUAUAAAUAAGCGAGCAUCUGACCUAUCUGAUAUAAGUCGACAAAUUUGGGAAAAUCCUGAACUUGCAUACAAGGAAUUUGCAGCUCAUGAACUACUAACAACAUUUUUGGAGAAAGAAGGAUUUAAUGUUUCAAAGAAGACACCAUUAGAAACUUCUUUUAUUGCAAGAUAUGGAAAUUCAGAAGGUUUAAAGAUUGGUAUUUUAUGUGAGUAUGAUGCAUUACCUGGAGUGGGUCAUGCUUGUGGACAUAAUUUGAUUGCAGAAGCUGGUAUUGGUGCAGCACUAGGAAUACAAUCUGUUUUAAAAUCUCAAGAAGAACACGCGAUUGCACAACUUAUUGUUUAUGGCACACCUGCUGAGGAGGGUGGUGGAGGGAAGGCUAUGAUGAUUGAAAAGGGUGCAUUUGAUGAAGUUGGCAUCUGCAUGAUGUGUCAUCCAUGUCCUGCUGAAGUGCCAAUUCCAAGAUGUCUUGCUUUGGCCCAAUUGACAAUUUUGUUUCAUGGUAAAACAUCUCAUGCAGCUGCUGCACCCUGGGAAGGCAUUAAUGCAUUGGAUGCUGCUGUUGCGUGUUAUAACAAAUUAAGUAUGUUGAGACAACAAAUAAAACCAGAUGCGCGUUUACAUGCUAUUAUUGUCGAUGGUGGGAAAAAACCUAACAUUAUCACUGAACGUGCUGAGAUGGAUGUGUACAUCCGCGAAUUGACGGAAAAAGAUGCUCUUUUGUUAAAGAAGAAAGUGCAGAAUUGUGCUAAAGGAGCAGCCGUAGCUACAGGUUGUGAAGUGGAGAUGAAAGAAACAGAGCCAUUUUACUCCGCUGUGAAGACCAACAAGACACUUAUAGAUUUAUACAUGAACAACGCGAAAUCGUUGGGAGUUGUUUUUAACGAACUGACUGUAUUGCGUGGUUCCACAGACAUGGGAAAUGUAUCUCAGAUUAAACCUUCGAUUCAUCCAUUCUUUAAAAUCGCUUGCGAAAGCUCCAAUCACACGCAAGCGUUCACAACAGCUUCCAUACAACCAGAAAACCAGCAACCUACACUGAAUUCUGCUAAAAGUAUGGCGAUGACUGCUGUUGACGUACUAUGUAAUCAAAAGCUUGUUGCUCAAAUCAAGAAAGAUUUCAACAAUAGUUAACUAUAUGAGCAGUAGUAGUAAAGCUAGAUCCAGUAAUGAUUUUUUCCCCUGCUGCACCUAAAUUUGAUGACGAGAAUGUGACAAGAAUGGUAAUUCUACUGUCUUCUCACACAAAACGAAAUCGUUUUUGGCAAUUUGUUAUUUAGGCAAGAUUCAGCUUACCUUAUUGGCCUUAAGGCCAGCCCCUUUUACCCCGAACUUACAUUUUGGCCUUUUUAGCCCAAAUAAUACGCGAUUCGUGUGACAAUUGCAAUAUUUUGGUUGAUAUUAUGUUCCAGAUGUUGUGUUUACACCUUCUCAUGCUUUGUCAUAUGGAUAAUGAUAAAGAAAAAUAUAUUCGUAGCCAAUCUACUUGGAUUAACUUGAAAAUUUACAUUUUCAAGUUAAUCCAAGGUUCUAAGGGUAAAAUAAAAACUUGAUAUUGAGUGGUCGCCCUUUAUCCAUAAGUAUGUGCUCAAUAAUAAUAAAAAAUUUUCCUUAUAUUUUUAAAAUUUCCACCUUUUUUACGCCGGCCUAAAAUAUGACGCUCAGGGCCUCUCCAUAUAUUUAUCUGUACUCUGUUGUGUGUAUCAUUGAGUGUUUUCAUACCACAUUUUGUAUUGUAUACUACUUUACCCAUUCAUGUAUCAAAUUUUACGAAUUUUGAACAAAUUUGCGAAAGUUGGUGCACGGUAUGUACCAUUUUUAAUUUAGUUAUAUUUCUAUCUUUUAUAUUAUAUAUUAUAUAUGUUCA